UGAGGAAGUCCAACCAAAAAAGUUUCCGUACUCGCUCUGGCCGAUACGGCGUUCAGACGACCCAGUUCCGGCCGCCGCGUUGUUGCUCCGACGGCCGCUGCGGCGGGCGGAAGCACCCUCGGGCGCCAGCCGCCUAUCUGUCCCCUUUCCCGCGGCUGGCGUGGAAAGAAUCCCCGAGAAAGAGUCGAGGAGAUUGUACGGCGGAGGAAGAGAUGGUCUGGGCGCUGACCCCCGUCGACACAGCGCGCGGGACGCUGAAGCGUUACAUCUUCGCCGCCGGGACGUACAAGGUCGGCCGCAAAGAUUGUGAUGUCAUUGUUCAAACUGACACAUCUAUAUCCCGAGUCCAUGCGGAGAUUGCAAUUGAAAAGAUGGUUGCCUGGGAUCCGCAUUCUGGUGCACCUGCCAGUCCAUCAUUUGUUCGUGUAAUCGACCGAUCAAAGUAUGGCACAUUUGUCAACAAAGUACAUGGAACCCAGGGCAGUCGUCUGCAUAAAGAUGAAAAUAUGAUGCUUACUGAUGGGGAUGCUGUGACUUUUGGAACUGGUAAUGCGACCUUCAGGUUAUCAUUUGUUCCAAUAGUGGCCUAUUUUCAUGGCGGAAAGUCAUCACGAAUUGAUCCAUCAUUACAUGCAGUCAUGAAAUCUAUUGGUGCAUAUGUUACUCGUAAGUGGAGCAAUGAAUGUACGCAUGUUCUUGUUGACGAAUCAUGUUCGUUGACACCUGAGCUCCUCGAUGCAGUUAUGGCGAAGAAGCAGAUCGUGUUGGGAGACUGGUUUAAGGCAAUGGCUGAAAAGAACAUACACACAGAGAUCCCUUCUUGCACACAAUACAUUCCAAACUUGACCCUUGAUGGGAUGGUGAUCAAGAUGGUGGAUAUCAGUGUCAUUCAGAAUUGCCUAGCAGGCUAUACUUUUAUCCUGGGGUCAUCAGAUAAAUAUCAAUUUGGUGAGAAGCUCCCUGGAUUACUGGAAUCAACUGGAGCAAAGUACCUCCACAUUGACGACUUUUGUGCAAACAGCCAGGACUCAGCAGCUGGAGAUACUGAUCAACAAAUUCUUGUAGUUCCUGCAAGAUAUCCUUUGGAAUUCAGCAAGAUACGUGGGUUAUUUACUUUGUCAAAGAUCAGUGAUGUUAAGCUAUUUGCUGCUACAUUAUCUGGCCGCUUGGAAGCAACUUCUAUUGAACCACCUGCUUUCAUCGUUACAUCCUCGAAUUCCACGGAUGACACUAUUGUGGCGGAUUCAGAUGUUGAAAUGGAGACAGCAACUUCUGAUCCUAUUGGUGCUGCUAAAAAGUCUCAACAUCACAUUGAGAAUAUCUCUGAAUCUGAUGACGAAAAGGAUAUCACAAAUAGAACCAAUGAAGUUGCUGUAAGUAUCAGUGGAACAAAGGGUAAUGCUAUUCACCCAAAAUACCCAGAGAAAGUUGAAGAUUUGAAACCUAUAGAGGAGGAUGUUAAGGUCAUAGAGAAAACAGCAAUGUAUAGGUCCACAGCUAGAGAUGAGGAUGCUCGCAUUUUGAACAAGGCACCAAAGGAUGAGAAUUUGGACACCAGCAGGGAUGGGGCUUCUGAUGUCAUAUUUAGUCAGAAUCUGGUUGUCAGAAGCUUCCCUCAGUCAGCUCCUGCUGCACCAACAGAAGUUGGAGGUGUUAACUUCAAACGUUUCAGGAAGAGGGAAACAGUGUCUGGAAACAGCUUCAAGGACCUUAUUCCAUUUGCGCGGGAACCAUACAGAGAAUCGGACUACGAACGUGGCACAUUGAACGAUUUCAUGCGGGAGGAGAAACAGCGGAAACAAAUGGAAGCCAUUGCAGAUGACCUCUUCAACAAUGCAAAGUCGAAGAAAAGAGCAGCUGCUGGAAGUUCGAUUCACACCCUACUUACCGGCUACAGAUGAGAGCCAGCAGGAGAUCACAUUUGUAUGCGCUCUGCCGGAAUCUUCCUUGAAGGGCUAGAGAACUGCAUCAUUUGUUAACCAGACAAAAGAGAGCAACAGUUAUCUUCAUGGCACCUUCCAUUCUCUCCACUCACUGAAGGUUUUCUGGAGGCAAGAGAAGCCUGCGUCGCAGGGUUUCUUUUUCCUUUUUCAGCCAUGGCGAGAGACGCCGGCUUAGUUUAGGUAGACGUAGGAUGGCUGUCCUGAGAGAUUUUGGCAUUACACGCUGGGCAAGCUUAGCAUAGUUUAGAAUUUGACCAAACAUGAGGAUUUUCUUGGGUUAAAUGUUGCGUGGCUAGUUCCUUAUUAGUUUGUUAUUGCAGUUGCGAAGAAAGCAAAGGAUACGCAGUUUCCA